UUGGCAACCAGUAACAUCGACAUUUGCGACCUGUCCACAGCAGAAGAAGAAAAGGGUGUCGUGUCUGCUUUACAGUUUAUAUUAUAGAAGUAUUUUUAACUGUUGAGAAAAAUAACUCAAGUGCUUUUAAAACCAGUCUAUUUCCAUCAUGUCCGAGCGGAACAAAAAUGCCACAGUGCAGCCCAGAAAAGUCUCUAAUGCUCAGAAAUUACCUGGUGCAGAAUCAACUAAAGCUCAAACAAAGAAAAAGGAAGAGAAAAAGGCCAUGGACAAGGGUGAUGGGUUGGAUCGAGGGAAAAAAAGCAAGCCUUCAGAUCAACUGAAGCUCACAGAAGCUGAGCUGAAAGAGAAUAUAACAAAGGUCUUGAACACACACAACCCCCACGCGCCACAAAAUAUAGUCCGAUUUAACUAUAAGGAAGGAGUCUAUCAACGAGUCAGCGUGGAUCACACAGCUAUUCUUUUUGAGAUGGAGAGCAACAUCGUUUAUCAAGACUCUGAAGAGGGUCGAAGGCUGAUGUUGAAGCAGGGUCUUAUUAAAGAAAAUGAAGAGACAGACACAGCAGCAGAAUCUGAUGAGGAUCGCAUGAAAACCCCGGCUACUCCUGUAGAGGAUGGAGGGGAGGUAGAAGAAGCUGAAGAAGAGGACAGACCAGACAGUGUUGCAUCCAAAGCUGACAAGAAAGGUGUAAAGCUUGGAAAUUUUUUCCACUUCACCGAUAGGGCCACCCAGACACUUAAUAAUCCUCCAAGGCAAAUAAACUGCCAGACCGCACCUCCUCCUCGCAGCGUUUUCUCUGCCACUGCCAACCAGUGGCAGAUCUAUGAUGCUUACUGUGAGGAGCUGCAGAAGCAAGAGAAGCAGAAAGCAACGCUAUUGAAGAAAGAAACUGACAAAAGCAAGAAGGGGGUACUAGUGACAGAAACCCAGAGUACUGACCUCACUGAAGUGGCGAAAGAAACCAAGAUAUUAGAGCGAAUGGUCCACCAGAAUACAUUUGAUGAAAUAGCACAAGAUUUUAAAUACUUCGAGGACCCCUCUGAUAAGUUCAGGGGCCAGGAGGGCACCCUUCUGCCUCUGUGGACGUUUCAGCAUGAAGAAACCAGAGGAUUGUCUGUCACUGCCCUCUGCUGGAAUAGCAAAUAUCAGGACCUGUUUGCUGUUGGAAUGGGCUCAUAUGACUUUUGUAAACAGGGAAGAGGGAUGAUUGUCUUCUACUCACUGAAGAACUCAUCUUUCCCGGAAUAUGUCUUCCCCACAACGUCAGGCGUCCAGUGCCUCGACAUCCACCCUCAACAUUUUUAUUUGACAGUUGUAGGCUUUUAUGAUGGCUGUGUGGCUGUUUACAAUCUGAAGAAGAAGAGCCUGGAACCUGUUUGCAAGGGAACUCCAAAGACUAGCCUGCUCACAAAUCCUGUAUGGCAGGUGCGCUGGCAGAAUGAUGACAUAGACAAUAACCACAACUUCUUUUCUGUGUCUGCGGAUUCUCGAGUUGUGUCCUGGACACUGAUCAAGCAUGAGCUGAUCUCUACAGAAACAAUCAGACUGUCAGUAAACGGAGGUCUUUCUAACGUACCAGAUGACGAACAACUGGUCAACAUUUCUGGUGGGACAUCACUUGACUUCCAUAAACAGACUGACCAUCUGUUUCUAGUUGGCACAGAACAAGGAAAAAUACACAAGUGCUCCAUUCAUUACUCUAGUAAAUUCUUGAAGACCUACAAUGCCCACAACUCAGCAGUCUACACUGUGAAGUGGAACCACUUCCAUCCAAGGGUCUUCAUCUCUUGCAGCGCUGACUGGACGGUUAAGAUCUGGGAUGAUACCAUCAAGGUUCCGGUGUUCACCUUUGACCUGAUGUCAGCCAUUGGAGAUGUUGCCUGGGCUCCAUAUUCCUCCACUAUUUUUGCUGCGGUGACAAUAGAUGGAAUAGUUCGCGUCUUUGAUCUGAGCAUCAACAAAUAUGAGGCCAUCUGCCAGCAGCUGGUCGUGGCCAAAAAGAAGACCAAGCUGACUCACAUCGAGUUUAAUCCAGUCCACCCUGUUAUCAUCGUGGGUGAUGACCAAGGACUCGUCAGCAGCUUCAAACUCUCUCCUAACCUCCGCAAGACGCCCAAGGUCCAGCGGGGUCAGGAACUGACUUUGGAUCCAGAAGCAGAAGUGACCAAGAUGGAGCACAUUCUGAGUUGGCUGAGUGACAUCGAAUAGAUGAGGGAUCAAAGCAGCCAGACUAUUUUUUCACAUUUGUUUAAAAAUUAAAGGUGCAUUAUGUGAGGAUGAUGUAAGACUGCCAUCCAGUGAUCAAAUCUGGGUACUGCAGUCCAUUUUUUAAAACAAAAACUGAUUCACUGGGG